GAUCGAAUAUGCGAAUUCUGAAAUGUGAUCAAGAAUUUGAUUAGCCAGUUUUUCAAUUUUCAUAAAUAUUUUUACUAAAUUUUCUAACCUAAAUAAUUUAAAAUGUUGUCAAAAUAUGAUUUAUUAAAGAAGAAGAAAUAAAUCCCCGGAAGCUACAAUUUCAAUUUAUCUACGCAUCACUUUAGAAGACCCCGUAGGUUUUUAUUUCCAAAUAUUGAACGAAUGUCUUUGUUACCGGUGUGAAAAUUUUCUUUUCAACUUGAAUUAAUAAAUUCAUAAGUAUUAUUGAACGCAUAUAAGUCUACACAAUGAGUACUCGGAUAUACAUUGGAAGAUUGAGCUAUGAAGUGAGAGAAAGAGAUUUAGAACGGUUUUUUAAAGGAUAUGGGAAAAUACGAGAGAUUCUUAUUAAAAAUGGUUUUGGAUUUGUGGAAUUUGAUGACUACAGGGAUGCUGAUGAUGCAGUUUAUGAAUUAAAUGGCAAAGAACUAUUAGGUGAAAGGGUUACCAUUGAACAUGCUAGAGGCUCUCCUCGAGGGAAUGAUAUGUAUAGGGAUAGAAAUAGAGGUUACCGAAAUAAUCAAAUGCAGAGGCGUCGACAAGGUGGUGGCGGAGGAGGAGGAGGACGUGACAAAAGAUACGGGCCACCCACCAGGACUGAGUACCGACUGAUUGUGGAAAACUUGAGUAGUAGAGUUAGCUGGCAGGAUCUGAAAGAUUAUAUGAGACAAGCUGGUGAAGUGACUUAUGCUGAUGCCCAUAAACAAAGACGCAAUGAAGGUGUUGUUGAAUUUGCAAGUUAUUCUGACAUGAAGAAUGCUGUUGAUAAACUGGAUGAUACAGACUUGAGUGGUCGUCGUAUUAAAUUAGUUGAAGAUAAAUCUCGCCGUCGCCGUUCUCGUUCAAGGUCUAGGUCCAAGAGCCAUUCUCGUUCUCAAAGUAGGAGCAGGAGUCGCAGUCGUAGCAAGUCUAGGUCUAUGUCUAAAUCACGAUCAAGGUCAAAGUCCCGUUCCAAAUCCCAUUCACGGUCUAAAUCUCCCACUAAAGCAAGAUCCAGCCGCUCCCUCAGCAGAAAGCAGUCUCGCAGUCGUAGUCGAAGCCCAAGUGAAGAUCGGAAUGAUCGCAAAAGCCGCAGCCGAUCUAAAUCACGCAAGAGUCCGUCUCGAUCUCGCUCAAAGUCAUCUGAGAAACGCUCACCUUCCCCAGUUCAAAAAGAUGAUGAUAUUAGCAAUUCUGCUGAUGAUAAAAAUUGAUUUGGUUUUAUUUUAACACCUGGAUGUAUCAUAUUUUGUUCAUUGCAUCUUUGAUGCUAUUUACCAUCAGUGGUUCCCAAUAAUAUCUAUGUAAUGAAAUUCCUAUGCAAUAAUCUGUACUUAUAAUUAUUAUUGUACAUCUUUAUUGUAGUUAAGAAGUAAAAGUUAAUGCUAAGGUUAAAAUUAAAAUUUUGAAUCUCUAAAUAGAUGUAAAAGAGUGUUGAUUGAUAACAAUUUCAACUAUUUGCUUUGAAAAAUUCUUCGAUUCCCCUUAUACAGAACUUUGUGUUGGUAAUAGUGUAUGUAAGAUCAGCUAUUGAAAGCAAUUUUUUGUUCAUUUAAAAAAAAAAAAAAAUUAUUUUUUUUUUUGCAAAUUGUUCCGAAGUUAGGUUCUAUUAAAUACCUUUUGGGAGCCACUGGUCUAAAUUUAUGUAGGAAUAUUUUUAACAUUGAAUGGUUAUGUGACAUAUUCCAUUUUUUUAUUACUUAUAUUACUGUCUUCUAAUGUAGUUUACUGUGUCAAUUGAAUUAUUCAAAACCUUAAAUAAAGACUAGCAAUGUUUCUUCAUAA